AUGUAUUGUAUGGUCUAUACAUUUCUUAAUAUUUCUCAAAUCUUAUAUAUCUUAGCUGUGAUGGUGGCUGCCAGACUAACAUGUCGAGCGACGGAACUCCUUGGCUCCGGGCGAAAAACGGCCCCGACCGAGCGGCCCAGGACCGUGAUCUCCGCGCCGUUCCGCCCGAGCCAGCGAGCCGGGCGGCCGGUGAAGAAGCAGCCGCGGAAGGCGAAGGUGAAGGCAAAGAAGGUGAAGCCGAAGAAGGCGGCGAAGAAGGCGGAGCCGGCGCCACCAGUGGAGGUGGUGGAGCUGGACGACGAAGCUGAAACUGCGCUGGUGAUCCUAGAUUCAGAUGAGGAAGCCAAGCCCAGCAAGACCAGGGCCAAGAAAGCCCGGCCCGUGGACCAUGUGUCCCCUUCGGCCCGCUGUGGCUUGCGGCAAGCGGCGCGGCAGCGCGCCGAAGCGCGGGCGCACUUCGCGGCCGAGGAGGUGGGCGGUGCCUACGUGCGGCUGACCUUCCGGUCUCCCACAGACGAUCGUCUCGACGCACGAACCUCGACGUUGAAUGCCUGCGAGCUGGAGACCGCCUUUGGACGCUUUGGUGUGCGGUUCGUAGCUUCACUGAGCACCGGGGAGGCGGUGCUGGCGACGGAGAGUGCGAAGGAGGCCGUGGCGUGCGCCUUGAGCUUCCACGGGUGGCCCGGGCGCAGUCCGAAGGGCGUGGAACUCCAGGUCCUCAAGCAAAUAAGCUUAGCUGUGGCGCCUGUGGACUGCACUGGGCGCGCCACCUCCCCGAAGACCUGGGUUGUCUCUCGAAGCUUGGUGGCCACCAGCGAUGGCAGCUCCUCGAAGCUCGUUUGA